UUGUAAAAUAGUACAAGGCCACUGCGUCCUGUAGGUUAUUCUUUGAAACUUUAAAGUGACAUGGUUCUAACUGAAACCAGCGUGACGUUCCGUGUACAUUAUCUUUACGAUCUGAUUUUGUUUUACGAGAGUGUCUUGAGAGGAACUUUGGCUUCUUCCUUAUUAAUUUGUGUAAUACUACCAAGUUGUCUCAUGUUAAUUUGUUAUCUUAAUGUAUUAAUUGGCCGCCGAAGUGAUUUCGCUGUUUAGAACUGCAGGAGUAAACAUGUCUUCCAAAGGUCAAACAACAGGCAAAGAGCCAAAACUACCUAAAAAAGAGCUCAUGGUGACCCGCCACAAGUCAGCCCAGAUGAAGCGACAGCUACGCACCAAAGAUCGGAGCAUGAAACACAUAACCGAUCUUCUCAAAAGCCCUACGAAGGAAACUCCGACCAAAACUGCACCGGUAAAGAAGAAACCGUCACCCAAAGCUAAACAAUCAUUACUACAAAGCGUACAAAAGAUACAGAAUCUGCCGCAGAAGACUUUUAAACUGUCUAAAGUUCUACGUAAAGAGAUGUUACUUCAAGAUGAGGAGUACCACCCGAAUAAGAGGAAGCGGAAGCUGACGGUUAAUAAAGUGGUUUUAAAGCCGAAGCCUAAUAUGAAGGUAGUUGGGGAAAUAGCCGGGUCUGUUAAGAGGAAGUAUGCAGUUCCACUUAAGGCCUCCGACAAACCCGGUCAACCGCAGCCUGCACACAUAGACUCCGCUAAGCUGUCAGCGGAGUGUGUAAAGCUGAGCAUGGCGGAAGCCAUCCAGAUCAUGGACGAGCAGUUGACAGACGAGGACCUGAUGGAGAUCCUGACCUGCCCCAGCCCGGUGUGGUGGGAGGACCCGCCUGAUGAAGACUACAUUGAAGAUGCAAUCUUCACUAGGUCUCCUCCCGUCACUGAAAAGAAAGACGAUCGUUCAGCAACCCCAGCACCGAUGGAAGUUGACACGGAUGUCACUGAAACUCAUACAGGUAAAAUUAUCCCAAUACCAAAUCUGAGUGCUAAAAGCGAUAAGUUUCUUAAGAAAAGAUCCAAACUUGAAGAUUUACUGGGAAAUAUUAAAGAUAAAGGCAACAAACAAAAGGCAAAAGCGAGCAAUGAAGAUGUUAUGGUGAUCUGCUCAAAUUAUCGUGCUAAUAAUCAAAUUAAAAAAGAUGUGGUUAGUAAUGAAAUUGAAGAUGUGGCUAAUAAUGAAAUUAAAGAUGUUGCUAAUAAUGAAAUUGAAGCUAUGGCUAGUAAUGAAAUUAAAGAUGUUGCUAAUAAUGAAAUUGAAGCUGUGGCUAGUAAUGAAAUUAAAGAUGUGCCUACUAAUGAAAUUGAAGAAGAUGUGGCUAAUAAUGAAAGUGAACAUGUAGCUAAUAAUGAAAGUGAAGAUCUAGCUAGUAAUGAGAUUGAAGAAGAGGUGGCUAAUAAUGAAAGUGAAGAUGCGGCUAAUAUUGAACUUGAAGAAGUGUCUAAUAAUGAAUUCGAAGAAGAUGUGGCUAAUAAUGAAUUCGAAGAUGUGGCUAAUAAUGAAAUUGAAGAUGUGGCUAUUAAUGACAUAGAAGAAGAUGUGGCUAAUAAUGAAGUUAAACAAAACGUGGAUAAUAAUGAAAUUAAAAAAAACGUGGCUAAAAAUAGAGAAAAAACAGAAACGAAAUUGUCUGAAUCUGAUGAUGAAAUCAUAUUGCACAAUAGCAGUAUGAAUGAAGAUGAAUUGCUAAAGGAUUUGGAAAAUAUGGAUAUUCCUAUAGCCGAUGAUGUGAUCGUUAUAGAUGAUGAUGAUGAUUUUUUAGAGAAGCCAAGUGAAAAUACAGUACAAGAAAGUAAAAAGAAAGAUAAUGAAAUAACAAUUACUAGUGAUAAUAAUAAAGAAUCAAGUAUAGAUACAGAUAAUUCAAAAGAGGAAGUGCCAAAAAACUUACCAGCGCUACAGAAGUGUAACUUAAGUGAAGAUAUAUCAUCGCCAAAGUCUGUUGAAAGCUUAAGUUCGAAAUCAAGUGUUAUUUCAUCGAGUAAAGAAAUUGACAGUAUAUCCGAUACUAACGUAAGAUUUCUUUUAGAAGAUGAUGACGAGAAAAAUAAAAUGGUUAUCCAAGAGAAUGAGACAAAUAAAUGCAAUAACAAUGAAUCAACUGCAGAUAAAGAAGGUAUUACUGACAGUGUAACGGUUUACAAAAUAAUUGAAGAUAUUACUGAUACAACUGAUACUGAAAAAGCUAUCCCAAAUGAAAAUAUACUCAACAUAGUAGACGCGAAACUGAAUGAUUAUUUUAAGAAGAGGGCGCCACUAUGA